UCCGACCUCAGAAUAACGCAACUGACUACACAGAGACGCGCACAAGCCUAUUCCUGUUCACUACUACAAUACAAUCCCGAUCGCGCUUGGAUUAUAACUAUGACUCUGGAAGAGAUGCACGGACAAGAGAACACAAUGGAUAACACUGAUAGGGCGCAAAGUGCAGGCGCUUCCCUGGAGGAGCUGCUGGUCGCUGCUAAAAAACAAGACUACCUGACAGUUGGAGUUUAUGAAUCUGCAAAAGUCAUGAAUGUUGAUCCAGACAGUGUGGCAUUCUGCAUCCUGGCCACCGAUGAGGAAUACGAGUGUGACAUCGCACUUCAGAUCCACUUUACCCUCAUUCAGGCUUUUUGCUUCGAUAACGACAUCAACGUGGUGCGCGUCAAUGAUAUCGAGCGCUUGGCCGACCUCGUGGGCGCAGACGAAACCGGCGAGCCCAAGGACGCGCACUGCAUUCUUGUCACGAGUCCCAGUGCAAACCCAUGGAAGGACUCAUCAUUGGACAAACUGAGUCUGUUCUGUGAAGAAAGCCGCAGCAUGUACGACUGGGUGCCAACCAUCACACUCCCAGAACGCUGAAAUGACAUUCCCCUGAAAAUGCAUCACAAGAAGAUGAUGAAGAUGAAGUGAAAGUCAAGGAGCUGGGCUUCAGUUAGGGGCGUCGAGCCUUUCCGCCUCACUUGUCUGGAUUAAGAGGCUGUGGCUGCAACCCCCUGCAAGAGCACACACUUCCAGUGCAUUCUGGGUCAGUGUUGGUUGCUGCAUUACCCCGAGGAAGGGUCAUAUUAAGAGAUGGUGUGGACUGCAUCAAGUGUGCAUGGAUUGGACAGAAAGCUUGAUGGACACUGAGAAAGGAGUUGGACUGUGCUGUAUUGUGCAGGAAAAAAAAGUGAUAAAGGAGUGCUCCAGUGACUGUCUGAGAUAGAAGGCGAUGAUAAAGGGAGCGUAGAAGGUCACAGAGAAACAGACUGUGCCAGAAAUGAACUAAAGAAAGUGCAGAGGCUGGACUGAAACUCACUGAGGGGAACGAGGAACAUUCUGGUCUCAAGAGGGCAUCUGAAAAUGUCUGGACUUUUAAUUUUCUUUUCCAGAACAGCCAUCAGGAUCUUCUUGGAGCGACAAGAUUCGCCUCCUGAUUUGGGCUGUGUCUGUACAUGUGACACCAAGGACCAUGAUUUUGCUUUUUAAAUUAUGCAGACAAAACAAUGCAAUACAAGAAUUUGAGUUUCUUUGAAUUGUACACAUUUGAAUGUUUUCUGAAUAAAUAUUUGGAAACAAACUC